AUGUUCGACUUGAAAAUAUGCCUGCUUGACUUGAUCAAGUCGAACAACAACAACAACAAUGGGCAUUCGAAGACAAAAAAGCCCAAAAGUAGCAAAUACGGACGUUAUCCCGAAGUGGAUGUCCUGCAAAAGUACAAUGACAUCAACAUCAUUCACUUUAACGAGAACAUGUCGAUGGUGAAUCGCAUGGAAAAUAUCAAAUUCGUUCCGUACACGAGGCAGUUCAAAUCGAGUCCGUCGCUCGUGAGUGCCUUUCCAGCUCCGUUAAUUGGAGGCGCACGAAAUAACGGGAGAUCUUUUCGGGAAUGGGGCGUCGAAACUGUCAGUUUUGACUUUUCUUCGGACGAUCGAAUGACGCCAACAACUUCGGGCGAAAGUGCCGACGAACGUGUGGAUUUUAGCGAUUCUGCGAUACAAACGAGCUCAGCAAAUGACUCGUUUUGUACGCUGUGCACUUCGAGCUUCAGUUUUGACAAUUGCGAAAAUUGCCCGGAAAAUACGUGCGGGUCGAAGUGCAGUAGUGAGCAGAUGCAUGUUUGCGGGAAAAGUAAGAGUUAA